AUGUUGAAAUCAUUAGGUUUACGCAGGAAGAAUACCAGUAGCCCAGCGUCUUCUACUCCUUCGCCAAAGAACGAUCCAAAAGUUCCUAAAAAAUUGAACUAUGACCCAAAUUCUUUACCGUUGACCGUCACUUCAUACAAUUCCGAUGGCAGACAUAUGCAUGCGAUUGAGAAAGUUAUUAAAGCUUUAAGUACUAACGUUAGUAAAAACAGAAAAGAGCUAUCCUAUGCAGAAGGUGACUUCUUUCAUGUGAUAAAAGAAACAAAACAUUCUUAUUAUGCAACCAAUCCGAUUACUGGUUCAGUUGGGAAAGUUAAGAAAGAAAAUUUCGAAGAAUUCGGUAAAUCAACACCAACAUUAUUAGAUUUGCAAGAUAUUUUUUCUACUGCAAAAUCCAUUUGUUCUUCAAGAGACCGUAAAUCCCAACAUAGUGCUGAUAUGGACACUUUUGGUUCUUUAAACGCAAUUGCAUCGUAUGAUUUUGUCGCUGACAAUGAAGAAGAAUUAUCCGUUGAAGUAGGUCAAACUUUUGUCAUUUGGGCCCACCAUGAUUUCGAAUGGUUCGUUGCGAUGCCAACCGAAAAUACAAAUAAAAUCGGUCUAGUACCAACAAGUUAUCUUUGUAUAACAGAUCUAAAAACUGGAAUUGUAUCAGAAAAUGAAAUUAGGGAUGACAUCAUUAAUUCUAAUCUUCCAAAUAUAGAAGAAUGGAAAUAUAACUUAAAAAGUCAAACUGCCUAUACUAUCACUUUAGAUUCAAUCGAACAAACAACAGAAAAUACAGAUUUGGAUGAUUUAGAUGAUCCCUUCGAAUAUAGUUAUUACGAUAAUAGUAGUAGGAAAUCUGCAGUCCCACUAAGUAAAAUAUACACUAAGUGCAAAAUAACAGCAGUUACUUAUGAAAAGGGACAUUAUUGGUUCGAGAUUAAAUGUAGAUCAGUAGAUAACUCUACUACAAUAAUGUUGAAGAGAUUUUAUGAAGAUUUCUUUGAAUUACAAGCUAAAAUUUUCGAGCGUUUCCCAGAAGAAUCCGGUACUUUAAAAAAUGCUAAAGGUGAAUAUAGUAAAAGAAUUAUUCCAAAUAUACCUUCUCCUGUAGCAAAAGUGAAUGAAGAAGUAGCGUUUUCAAGAAAAUACCAAUUAAACAAAUACUUGGGAAAUUUAUUAGGUUUACCAGAAUAUAUUUUACAAUCUUCCGAUAUCUUACAGUUCUUUGAAGUGAAAAAUAAUGGAUAUGAUUUUUCAAUUGAACCUGAAAAGUGUCAGUAUAUACUUUUGCCAGGUUCUGAAAAAUCUAAGACAGAAAGAAGAAACUCUAAUAAAAAUGCUGAUGAUAUUAAUUUCGAUGAAGCUGAUAAUAUCCUUACUGGAGAAGAUUUAAAAUUAUUUGAAAAAUUAUCUCUACAACAGCAAAGGGUAGAUUCUGACAGUAGUGCCUGCUCAAGUCCUAGACAAUUUAAUUUACCCAAUGAUAAUAAAACAAAAAUAAAGUUUUACUAUCAAGAUGAUAUUUUUGUUAUUAGAUUGCAUGACAAUACAUCAUUAGAUGACUUGAAAAUGGAAAUUUUUCAAAGAAUCAACAAAGCAAAUUUUAAAAUCGCCGUUAAAUUAACAGAUGGAGAAGGACAAGAAAUCAAAUCUGAUGCUCAUGUAUCACAAGUUAUUCAAGGUAAAAUGAGAAUAUCUGUUAUAGACACUUGA